AUGGCUGGUUUUAAUCACUUACCUGGAAGCCUCACACCUAGGUCUUGGUUCGAUUUACAGGAGAAGAAAGCGAAGGAACGAGAAAGGACCCUUUUUUUGCUUAACAAUGAUUUACUAAGCGACAUUAAGUUUAUUGUUUCAGCAUCCAACGUCGAAACCGACUCUCAGAACCAGAAAAGCAAGAUGGUGAUUCCAGCGCACAAGUUCUUGUUGGCUGUUCGAAGUCCAGUGUUUUUUGCCAUGUUUUGCGGCGAAAUGGCCGAAAAAUCUGACACUAUUGACCUACCAGACUGUGAGUACGAUGGAGUGUUGGAAAUGCUGCGAUACCUAUACAGCGAGGAGGUAGAAUUGAAUGACGGCAAUGUUCUACACGUGUUGUAUUUGGCCAAGAAAUACGUCUUGCCCUCUCUUGCUGAUGAAUGCAUCGUUUUUCUCUUAAGGCAAUUAACUGUAGCUAACGUGCUUUGUGUUUUGUCACACGCUAAACAGUAUGAAGAUAAACCUCUCGUAGACCGAUGCUGGGAAAUGAUUGACAGAGAAACCGAAGCAGUUGUAAAAUCGGAGGAAUUUGUAACAAUUGACAAGUCCUUACUUGAAGCCAUAGUCAAGAGAGACACACUGACUAUCUCAGAGUUACAGCUGUUCAAAGCUGUUGACCAGUGGGCUGUGAAAAAGUGUGAAAUGCAGGGAUUAGCUACAGAUGGCGACAUUAAAAGAAGAAUUCUUGGUGAAGAAAUUGUAAAGAACUUACGGUUUCCAGUUAUGGAGGAGAGGGAGAGUCAUGGUGUUGUACUGGAUUCCAAGAUCCUUACUGAUGAAGAAAAGAAUGAAUUGUUUUAUGAGAAUUUAUCUGGCAAAUUGGUCACACCAGGUUUUCCAGAAUUCAGGCGGACUGGUACAUAUCAAUCUUGCUGUAGAUUUGGAACAUAUUAUUCCUGUGCCCAUGACCCUUAUCAUUUGGAAGAAAAAGAAAUGGGGUGUCGGGAUUAUGAUGGCAAAAAUGCUACAUUUCACACCAUUGCACUUCAGGUAGACAGAGAUGUCUGGCUUUAUGGGAUCCGAUUGUUGGGUUGCGCCAAAGGUUUACCUUAUCAGGUCACUUUGAAAAUUGCUCAAGCUAAGAAAGGAAUAUUGUUAUUGUUUCUGGAAAAUAAGAUCUGUUAUUCAGUCCCUCUGUCAUACAGUGCAGACAAAAUUAACGGCUUUGAUGUUUUGUUUGAUCCUUUUGUUUUGAAAAAGAACGUCAAAUAUGUUGUGAGAGCUGAUGUAGAUGGACCUGACUGUUGCUAUGGAAAGGAUGGUGUUGACAUUGUCAAAUGUGGUGGAGUUACAUUUCACUUCAAAAACUAUCAAGAGAAAAAGGAUUACAGUGAAACUAACAUUCAGUUGGGUCAGUUUGCUGAGUUCUUUUUCAAGCCAUUAGAAGAGUGUUGUCGGGAUUAUCCUGUGUAUCAGUAA